AUGGCCGGCCAGCCGGGGGAUCCGUGGUGGUCGAUGCUGGCCUCCGCCGGAUUGCUGGAGCGCGGCGACGGCCAACCACCGACGAAGGAAGAAACCGCGCAGUCUCCGGGGGCGUACGGGGGCUACGGCGGCGGCGGCGGCGGCGGUGGAGGGAGGAGAAGAGACGUCCCGCCCCACCGUCCUCCGCCUCGCGUGGGCCCCACCGGACGACAGCUGUGCCCCAUUUCUCCAGAAACAGAUACUAACGGUGAACAAUCAGAUUCGAUAAUGAUCGGCAGGUUGCUGUGGAGGAGUGCCAGCUCCAAGCCCUCUGCACAAGCGCUCACUUCUGCCUCCAAAGGCUCCUCGCAGCCCCACAAAGGAGCGGCAUCAACGGCGACGGCCGGGAAGCGCGGGGAUGAGUGGAGGUCGAAGCUGGCCUCCGCCGGAUUGCUGGAGCGCGGCGGCGGUCGGCCAGCGACGGAGGAAGAAACCGCGCAGUCGCCGCCGGCGGCGGAGGGAGGAGAAGAGAUGUCCCGCCCCGCCGUCCUCCGCCUCGCGUGGGCCCCACCGGACGACAGCUCCAUUGUUUUCAUACUGGUAUCUUUCAGGAAAGCAAACCCUGCAAUGGCUGGUCAGUACAUCAACACUUCUUCUAGGGGUGAGAAUGCCAGAAUUGAGUAUGCCACAUCAUGUAUGCAAGGACCUCGCGAUGAAAUGCAAGAUUAUUACACAGCUCUCCUAGAUCUAGAUGGUUCGGAUUCCACAUCAUUCUUUGGUGUUUUUGAUGGCCAUGGAGGACAUAGGGUGGCAUGGUAUUGUUCGAGGAAAUUUCAUACUGAGCUUGUCAAAGUUCCAGACUAUCAAAACAACCUGCAUGCCGCAUUGGAGCAUGUGUGCUUCAGAAUUGAUCAGGCGUUGAAAAGGUCAGAUGAAUGGAAGAGGCCUGAUUCUCCUCCUGCUCCUGCUCCUGCUCCUGGUAAUGGAAGUUUCCGAAGCCGUCUCCAGACUAGUCUUUGUUCCUGUUUCGGCAAGAAUUAUGAAGGGCCCCAAAUCGAAGGAAGCACAGCAUGCGUGGCUCUCAUUCGAGGCAACCAGAUAAUUGUUGGAAAUGUUGGUGAUUCCCGUUGUGUACUCUCAAGGAAUGGUCAGGCAAUUGAUUUAUCCACCGAUCACAAGCCAAAUGAACCAGGUGAAAGAGCCAGAAUUGAAGCUGCAGGAGGAUCAGUAGUCCAGAGGCAAGUCCUUGUAUAUGAUGCAUCAGGACGAAUGAGGGUUGAACUAGGCCCAUAUCGCGUCGAUGGAAUAAUAGCCGUAUCCAGAGCGCUUGGUGAUUUUCAGUUCAAGAAGAACAAUAAAUUGAAGUUGAUAUGUAAUCCUGACAUUCACACUGAGGACAUAACUGAUGAUAUUGAUUUUCUUCUCAUAGCAAGCGAUGGUAUCUGGGAAGUCAAGACAAGUGAGGAGGUGGUUACUUAUGUAAACGAGCGCUUGCAAACCGUGAGUCUUAUUUCCUCAAUUAUUUUCUGCUUGUCAUCCUAUUAAUAGUAAUAUCUAAAAGCCCAUCUGCUGAC